CAGCAUCAUGCUUAGACUUUUCAAAGAGACAAACUCCAUUUUCUUAUGAAUGGAAAGUGAAAACCCCUGUUCCGCUUAAAUUGGGUUCCUUCCUGUCCUGAGAAACAUAGAGACCCCCAAAAGGGAAGCAGAGGAGAGAAAGACCCACACCCAGACCCCGCGAGAAGAGAUGACCAUGACCACCAUGCCAGAAAGUCUCAACAGCCCCGUGUCGGGCAAGGCGGUGUUUAUGGAGUUUGGGCCGCCCAACCAGCAAAUGUCUCCUUCUCCCAUGUCCCACGGGCACUACUCCAUGCACUGUUUACACUCGGCGGGCCAUUCGCAGCCCGACAGUGCCUACAGUUCGGCCUCGUCCUUCUCCCGACCGCUGGGCUACCCCUACGUCAACUCGGUCAGCAGCCACGCGUCCAGCCCCUACAUCAGUUCCGUGCAGUCCUACCCCGGCAGCGCCAGCCUCGCCCAGAGCCGCCUGGAGGACCCAGGGGCGGACUCCGAGAAGAGCACCGUGGUGGAAGGCGGUGAAGUGCGCUUUAAUGGCAAAGGGAAAAAGAUCCGUAAACCCAGGACAAUUUAUUCCAGUUUGCAGUUGCAGGCUUUGAAUCGGAGGUUCCAACAAACUCAGUACCUAGCUCUCCCUGAGAGGGCGGAGCUCGCGGCCUCCUUGGGACUCACACAGACUCAGGUCAAGAUAUGGUUCCAGAACAAACGCUCCAAGUUCAAGAAGCUGAUGAAGCAAGGCGGGGCAGCUCUGGAGGGCAGCGCGCUGGCGAAUGGCAGGGCCUUGUCUGCCGGCUCCCCACCGGUGCCACCCGGCUGGAAUCCGAACUCCUCCUCUGGGAAGGGCUCCGGCAGCAGCGCCGGCUCCUACGUCCCCAGCUACACGUCUUGGUAUCCUUCAGCGCACCAAGAAGCUAUGCAGCAGCCUCAACUCAUGUGAGAUUAUCAGUUCGCUCUCACCCGCCUCCUUCCCGUCUCCCUUGGCCCGGCCCCUCCCGCCUCCAGGUCCAUCCACCCUUUCGCGUGCCCUGGGCGAGGAGGAGAAGGACCCCGAGGUGAGGAAGGGAAAAAGGGAAAGAAAAAGGAACUGCAAAGGCAGAGGGUUUGCCGCCUUCUCGGAGCCCCUAAAGGUCUGACCAAGCGAGUUUCCAACUCUUGGCCCGAACCUGGUUUGGGCCACACGGUGACAGCGGAGUGGCCUCAAAGCAGGCAUGGCCACUGGAGAAGAAGCAACAAGACAACACGCUGGACCCGACCAGACUCUCAGCUUUGUGAGACUAUCAGGAAAAAAAAAUAUGUAGGAGGGGGAAAAUGCUCUUUUUUCGGUUCUGUCUGUCUUUGUCUCCUUUUUGCACUGUCUGUGCGCUGAGUCAAGGUCCUCGUGUGUCUGCUGUCCUCAUUCUGCGGCCUCUCCAAAAAGUCACCAGGUCUGAGCCACACCGGUCUGCCGGCAGCCCAUCAUCGAAUCCUGGACCGCUUUUUCCUUUAAGGUCUUCUUCCGGGCCCUGCUUGAACACCUGUGUAGCUUGUUUGGGAAAUGGGGAAAAUCAGAGGGAGGGGGGUUAAUUUAUUGAAAAACAGACUUUA